AUGGAUAGAGCUUAUGAGAUGGACGAUAGGGUUUUAUUAGCAAAAGGAGCUCAGGACAUUGCCAAAGAGGCCAAAAAACAGGCAGUAAGGAAAGCAAACAGAGCAGUAGAUAGAGCUCAAGAUGGCUACACUGAAAGAUCUUACAAUAGAGUCCAGGCUGAAGAAGAAAAUGAUUAUUAUAGCCAAGAUGGAAAUUAUGAAGGAGAAGGAAAUGAAGAUGAAGGAUCAAGUGAAGCAACUGAAGGACAUGAUGAAGAUGAUGAGAUUUAUGAGGGAGAGUAUCAAGGAAUCCCAAGUACAGCACAGAACAAAGAUAGAACUGCAGCUUUAGGACAGCAAAUCACAGAUGUUUACAAGGAUCGAUGUGAAUUAGAGACAGAGAGAAAAGCUGAUGAAGAAGAGCUAGCACAGCAAUAUGAGUUAAUCAUUCAAGAAUGUGGACAUGGACGUUUUCAGUGGGCCCUCUUUUUUGUCCUUGGAAUGGCACUAAUGGCUGACGGAGUAGAGGUCUUUGUGGUUGGAUUUGUGUUGCCCAGUGCUGAGACAGAUUUGUGCAUCCCCAACUCUGGAUCAGGAUGGCUUGGUAGCAUAGUAUACCUGGGGAUGAUGGUAGGAGCGUUCUUCUGGGGAGGCUUGGCAGACAAAGUGGGAAGGAGGCAAUCUCUUCUGAUAUGUAUGUCUGUCAAUGGAUUCUUUGCUUUCCUUUCAUCAUUUGUCCAGGGCUAUGGCUUCUUUCUCUUCUGUCGACUACUCUCUGGAUUUGGGAUUGGAGGAGCUGUUCCAGUUGUAUUUUCAUAUUUUGCUGAAGUACUUGCUCGAGAGAAACGUGGUGAACAUUUAAGUUGGCUUUGCAUGUUUUGGAUGAUUGGAGGUAUCUAUGCAUCUGCCAUGGCCUGGGCAAUCAUUCCUCAUUAUGGAUGGAGUUUCAGCAUGGGAUCUGCAUAUCAGUUUCACAGUUGGCGAGUGUUUGUUAUAAUGUGUGCCCUACCUUGUGUUUCUGCUGUGGUGGCACUAACUUUCAUGCCAGAAAGUCCAAGGUUCUUGCUUGAGAUUGGAAAACAUGAUGAAGCUUGGAUGAUUCUCAAACAAAUUCAUGAUACAAAUAUGCGAGCUCGUGGCCAACCUGAAAAAGUUUUCACAGUUAAUAGGAUCAAAACACCAAAACAGAUAGAUGAGCUUAUAGAAAUAGAAAGUGACACAGGCACCUGGUAUAAGAGAUGCUAUGUCAGAGUGCGCACAGAACUGGAUAGUAUUUGGUUAACAUUUAAGAGGUGCUUCACCUAUCCAGUCAAGGACAAUACAACUAAGCUUGCAGUAGUAUGGUUUACUCUUUCUUUUGGGUACUAUGGAUUGUCUGUCUGGUUUCCAGAUGUCAUUAAACAUCUACAAGCAGAUGAAUAUGCCAGAAGAGGGAAGAAUUUUACCGAUAAGAGGAUCGUGGAUUUUGAUUUCAACUUUACUCUGGAAAAUCAGAUCCAUUUUAAUGGGACAUUCAUCAAUGACAGGUUCACAAUGAUGACAUUCAAAGCAGUUACUUUUCAAGACUCCCUUUUUAAGAACUGUUACUUUGAGGAUGUUACUACACUGAAUACAUAUUUUAGAAACUGCACUUUUAUAAAGACUGUUUUCUUCAAUUCAGAUCUUGAGCCAUAUAAAUACCCUGGCAGUGAAUUUAUAAAUUGUUCGUUCAUUCACAAUAAGACCGGGUGUCAAAUUUCGUUCGAUGAUGAUUACAGUGCCUACUGGAUUUAUUUUGUCAAUUUUCUGGGGACUUUAGCAGUAUUACCAGGAAAUAUUGUCUCAGCUCUUCUGAUGGAUCGGAUUGGACGUAUAACAAUGUUGGCCUAUUAUUCUGUCACCUCUGUCAUUGCCCACAUCCAGUGCUACUACAAAGUCAUUANUGGAUCCAUGAUGAUAGGCAUGCUGUGUCUAUACAAUGGCCUUACUAUCUCAGCAUGGAAUUCUCUUGAUGUCAUUACUGUGGAGUUGUAUCCUACAGAUAGAAGGGCAACCGGCUUUGGCUUUUUAAAUGCACUCUGCAAAGCGGCAGCUGUUCUUGGAAACUUAAUUUUUGGUUCUUUUGUUCUCAUUGCCCAAUCAGUACCUAUUCUGUUGGCUUCUACAGUUUUAGUGUGUGGAGGUUUGGUAGGACUUCGACUCCCUGACACCAGAAGCCAAGUACUGAUGUAA